AUGAAAAGAUCUCACAUUUCUACUCCUCGCGCUUUUUCUCGACCGUUGAUUUCACUGUUCGGCGUUUUCCUCCUGUUCCUUCUGGGUUUAACACUAACCUCUCGAAAACCAUCCGAUUCCUCCUCCGGUUUAUCCCCAAAUCGAAGCCUAAGCGAAAACCCAAAGAUUCCGAGGCUCGCGUAUAUGGUAACGGGGACGAAAGGAGAUGUGAAACGAGUGAAGCGGCUUCUCAGGGCAAUACACCAUCCGAGAAAUUACUAUCUUCUGCAUCUGGAUCUUCAAGCUUCCGAUGAAGAAAGGAUGGAGCUUGCGAAGUUUGUGAGAUCGGAGAAGAAGAAGAAGUUGAAGAACGUUAUGGUGAUGGGUUUGGCUGAUUCGGUGACGGAGAAAGGUCCGACAAUGUUGGCUAACACGCUUCAUGGAGCUGCGAUUCUGUUGAAGAAAGCUGAGGAUUGGGAUUGGUUUAUCAAUCUCAGCUCCUCUGAUUAUCCUCUCAUGCCUCAAGAUGAUGUUUUGCAUAUCUUCUCAUACUUGCCACGUUACCUGAACUUCAUCGAGCACACAAGCAACAUCGGUUGGAAAGAGAACCAAAGAGCAAGACCAAUCAUAAUCGAUCCUGGCUUUUACCAUUUGAAGAAAUCUGGUGUCUUUUGGGCUAAAGAACGGAGAUCUUUGCCUGCUUCAUUCAAACUCUUCAUGGGAUCACCAAGCGUAGCUCUAACAAGAUCUUUCCUCGAGUUCUGCAUUUGGGGAUGGGACAAUCUUCCAAGAACGCUGUUGAUGUACUACACCAACUUCCUUUUGUCGUCAGAAGGCUAUUUCCAGACGGUUGUGUGCAACAAUAAAGAUUAUCAGAACACUACUGUUAACCAUGACUUGCAUUACACGCAUUGGGAUCCUCUUCUCCAGCAGCGCGCCUUGAAUCUAACGGUUGAGAAUUUCCGCGAUAUGGUCCAGAGCGGGGCUCCGUUUGCGAGGGAGUUUAGGGAGGAUGAUCUUAUACUUGAUAAGAUCGACGCCGAGCUGCUGAUUGGUCAAACCGACGGUGGAUUUGGGUUGAAGACUCCGGAGGUUGUUAAGCCAACGGUGAGUUGGAAGAGGCUUGAGAAGCUUAUGGUUAGGCUUCUUGAUCAUGAGAGUUUUAGAGAUAAGCAAUGAUCACCAAGCGUAGCUCUAACUCCUCGAGUUCUGCAUUUGGGGAUGGGACAAUCUCCCAAGAACGCUGUUGAUGUACUACACCAACUUCCUUUUGUCGUCUGA